CUGACAAUUUGUAAGCCUAUCAACACUCACAUAUUGUUGGAUUUACGGUGUUCCAUCGCCCAGGUUUCCAAGUUUGCCCGCGCUGUUUGGGUCCGGGAAGGACGCCGCGAAUCAACAAACUCCAGUCACCCAAGCCAACAUGGAAAACUGCGAGGCUUCUGCUACAACACAAUCUUUUACAGCAUCAACGAUGGACAAAACAGUCCCAAUAAUCAUGCCGACACCGAGUCCGCAGAAGCGCGUGUCGCUCAGCGCGAUGCUGGGUUUGAUAAGCUUCCUAGCUUUUGGCGUGUCAUCCUUUCGCAGUGAUUUGUUGCGUCCACAUUUCUCCUCCGAGCGCAACCCGAAAGACCACCGCAUGUUGCCGCCGCCGCCGCCGUCAUGGCCUUUGCGCCCCCUUCUCUAUGGCGUUUUCCCGAACCCCUCCGACCCCUUCCACUUCCUCCCCUGCACCAACUUGACCGUCCCUCCUUCACUCGAUGACCCAGAACUAGAUCGGACUUGGGCCGACUUGUUUGACCCCGAUCCCGACCACUGGAGUUGGGGAGAUGCAACGCCGGGAGAGACAACAACCGAACAUGGCAACCCCUAUGCGGGACGAGCCAUCUACCUCUGCGGCUACCUCACCGUUCCCUUGGAUCACACGAAUAAGUCGGACCCCCGCAUCGCGCGCCUCGCAGUUAACAAACUCCAAGUCGGGGGCCUCGAAUACGUCGACGAUCCCAGUCACACCUGGCUGCCGUGCCGCAAAAGCCCCCGGACCAUUGUCCUCGAGCCAGGCGGACCCGGCGAGAGCGGCACCAGGUGGGCGUGGGAAGAGGCCGAAGCGAUCACGCGCCGGCUUUCGGACGGGAAAUACGACGUUCUUGGCUGGGAUCCGCGAGGCGUCAACGCGUCGUUGCCACCCGUCGCAUGCUAUCCGCACAACGCUCUCCGCGACCGCUGGCGGGUGUUGACGAGGCAGUACCGCGAGGAUCUACAGAUCCCGACCGGCAGCUCGAACUGGCGGACGCCUUCAAUAACGCGACGUUCCGCUCGUGCUGGGAGCGUUAUGGUGACCUUGGCCGGUAUGUCAGCACCGCCUUUGUCGCGCGGGACAUGGAGGCAAUACGCGCGGCGUUGUAGGAGGACGAGUUGACGGGGUAUUUGGUCAGCUAUGGGACAGGGAUUGGACAGACUUACGCCAACAUGUUCCCGAAUCGCGUUGGGAGACUGAUUCUGGACGGAACCGAAUAUGUGAAGGACCAUCGCUUAUUGGGUGGGUGGGGGUGGACUGCGCUCGACAAUGCUACUGAUGCGUGGCGCGACAGCUUUCUCGGGGAGUGCGUCA